AUGCUGAGCAAGCGACUAAAGAGAAAGCGGGAGGAAGAGGAGGAGGAGGAAGAAGAGAAGGAAGUCCUUUCUGUGGACUCCUGGUGGUUGGAUCAAAGCCACCCAGCUGUGGCGCAGACCCCUCCGGCCGUGGCUUCCAGCUCGCUCUUCGACCUCUCGGUGCUCAAACUCCACCACAGCCUGCGCCAGAGCGAGCCGGACCUCCGGCACCUGGUGCUGGUGGUGAACACGCUGCGGCGCAUCCAGGCGUCCAUGGAACCUACUACGGCUGCCCUGCCAUCUGUGCCCGUGUCACCCCCGGCCCCCUCUGUGGCAGAUAGCCUUCUGGCUAGUUCAGACGCUGGCCUCUCAGCCUCCAUGGCCAGCCUUCUGGAAGAUCUGGACCAUAUUGAGGACCUGAACCAGGCCCCUCAACCCCAAGCUGAGGACGGGCCUCUGGGCCGGUGUGUAGCUGGUGUCCCAUCCACCCUGGGAUCCUUGGACUUGUUAGGCCCAGCCACUGGCUGUCUGCUGGACGAUGGACUGGAGGGUUUAUUUGAGGACAUUGAUACCUCCAUGUAUGACAGCGAACUCUGGGUACCGGCCUCUGAGGAUCUCAAACCUGGCCCUGAGAAUGGUCCAGCCAAGGAGGAAACCCCGGAGCUGGACGAGGCUGAGCUAGACUACCUCAUGGACGUACUAGUAGGCACACAGGCACUGGAGCGGCCGCCGGGGCCUGGGCGCUGACCUUUAGACCCCGGGAUGGUUGGCUGGCAUCUUGACUUGAGCCUGGUGGUUAGACCAAUCCACCUUGGCAUGCUACGGGUGGCUUUCCCUCACAUAAGAGGGCCAGGACCACUUUGGAGAGACAGUACUGAGUCCUGGG